AUGGACUUGAAACUCAACAGCAAAUGAAAUUACUACAUAGAAGAAGAUUCCCGCAACAAAAUCGGUCACUGUCAGUCGAUGCACUCUCUUAGCGAUCAGUUUCGCGCUUCCCAUUUUCAAACGGAGCGAAUCGGAGCGUCGACGCUGCCGUCGAAAUCUGGUUCAGGAUUUAGAAUUCAAGCGGUUGAUCGAGUUUUCGAAGGUUUAACCGUUAGGUCGCUCUCGCGCUUGCCGGAGAAGGUUUCCUGGAAUUGCAGCCGACAUUGGAAUCCAUGUCCUCGUCGUACGAGAAAGUCAGAGGCGGGAAGCUCACAUUCAAAGGGGGUCUAGGUUUAGGGCCGGAGAAGAAAAUUUCGAAGAAGAAGAAGAUCAAGCAGCCAGCAAAGGCCGAAGGGGAUGAGGAGAAUGCUCUCGUUGCUGCGGGCGACGCGAUCGAGAACGACGGAGCGGAGCCCAAAGUCGAGCAGGAAUCCGAUGGAAAGCAGCAACCAAUUGCCGAAAUAGACACGGGGACAGGCCACGCUCCGGAUGGGAAGAAGAGCAAGAAAUACGAGGAGCUCUUUCCGGUGGAGACGAGAAGAUUUGGAUAUGUUGUUCCCACUGAAGAAUCCAGAGAGGCCGCUCUUAACGAACGCGUGAAGAAGAAAGCGGAUCGUUACUGCAAGUGAGCGGAACGGUGGCAGUUCAAUCUCAAGCGCAAUUUUUGUAGAAAGGUCAACAUCUUUGUCUAGGCCGUAAGACGGCAGUUGUUCGGCUUGUUGACAAGGGAAUCGGCUGUUGUCGAGGACUUUCAUUACGAUUAUACAUUGUAAAUACAACCCUAAUGCGGGAUUCCAAAUUCGCAAGCUACUGCAGCUAAGAGAAUUCUUUAC